AUGUUGCAAGUGACGGCAGCCUGUCCUGCAUCCUGUGUGGUAUGCACCCAAGAUGUAACCCUGUGUCACCAGCUAACCUACAUAGUAGCAGCCCCUGAAACCACCAGGGUUCUAAUUCUUACGGAUGGAGACCUCUCUUCGGUAGAACGUGCCAAUCUGACUCUUCUGGUUAACGUGGCCCUGCUCUCCCUGAACCGAAAUGCUAUCUAUGGAAUUCAGGAAGGCUCCCUGCAUGGCCUCACCAAGCUUCGAACCUUGUCUCUGGGCCACAACCACAUCCCCAUCUUCAGCAAGCUGCGAAGCCUGCAGGUCCUAGUGCUGAGCCAUAAUGCCCUCCGCAGCCUGAGAGCAGCCUGGUUCCGAAACACCAAGGUCCUGAGCCGACUCUUGCUGGAUGGGAAUCAGAUCACCAACCUUACACGCAGUUCUUUUAAGGGUGCGAACCUCCACAGACUCAGACAUCUGGACUUAUCUAACAAUUUCAUCUCCUUCAUUGAGAAGGAUGCCUUCCAGCCCUUGCCCCAACUACAGGAAGUGGAUCUUUCUAGAAACAUGUUAGUUCACAUGCCAGAUGCCUUUACCCCGCUGAAGCAGCUGAGUCUCCUGAACUUGGAGGGGGACCACUGGAGCUGCACCUGUGACCUCUACCCGCUAGCCUGCUUUUUAAGAAACUUCGUGAAGUCUCCAGCUCGCACACUCCAUAAUACCAAGGACCUAAACUGUGAGUUGUUCCCUCCGGCUGUGGCUGAGGCAAAGAGCAUGCUGAGGCUGUCUGAGACCAACUGUGACUCCAAGGGUCAAAAUGUCACUCUGGCUCUAAAGGACAGGCGUCCCCUCCUCCCAGGGCAGGACGUGGCUCUCAUCACUGCGCUUGGCUUUGCAGGAGCCAUUGGUCUUACAUGUGUAGGGUUAGUCAUAUUUAACUGGAAACUCCAACAAGGCAGAGCAAAUGAACGCACAUCCAAAAACCUUUGUUGCAGAACCCUCAAUGAAUCCCUGUGUGCUCAUGAAGCAAGAAAUGGCCGUGCCGUGGGGUACUGUAAUUGCCACUUAACUCGAGAAAAUGAGACAGAGGUCAUGUCCGAUGUGGGCUCCAGAAAGGAAACACCACUUAGACAGGAAAACAGCCAUCAAGCAAUGCUGGCCUCCAAGUCCACAGCCCUGGAUGUAUCAUUCAGAAAGCUGAAAGGGAGAGACCAUGGGGCACUCAGUGCUCGCUCUUGCCUGGGCGAUGAACUGCUACAGACAGGAUGCUUGGGGCCUCCUGGGAACAAGAAAGCUCUUUAUGAUGCAGACUUAGUGACAAGAUGUUGUUCAAAGACAGCUGAAAAGCCAAAUAACCAGAAACAUGGAAAAGUCCAGUCUCAAAUCCUGCCCCACCACGGAACAAGAACAAUAGAUAUGAGCAGUGACACAUUUAGAAGCAGAUAUGUGACAUCCACCUCAGCUUUGGCAAGAGAGAGUCUUGGGAAGCAUUUAACAAACAAAUCAUGGCAGCCUCCAAUAGGAAGAGGAGACAAUGCUUCACAGAGACUUUUCAUCACCAGCUCAUCCUCCAAGCGGAGAGAGCCAGGGGAAUGUGCUGUAGGCAGGAUUGCCCACAGACAUAGGGCGGGAUAUGACCACCAUCAGGACCCUUUAAAGCAGAGCAAGCCUACAAAUUCUCAUCCCAACACUUCCUUUACCUGCAAAUAUGUAUCCUGGGAUGCAUUUCAAGAUUUUAUGAGAGAGAAGCCAGAUCGAAGAGAGCACACAGAAUCUGAGAAGCAGCAAAUUCAAAUUAACAGAGCAAUAGAAAAAUUUCUCAGGAGUCAGGGGCACAAAGACAAAUCAAGGUUGUCAGCAAAAAUCAAGAAGGCAUAUUCUACAAAGAGAGUUAAAUUCCAGGACCCUGAUUUAGUCAGGGCAAAAGAGCUGGUGGUGUCAGCAGAAACACCGGUCUCCUGGAGACAGGGAGAUAGUGAAAGCCAACACCCGACUUCCUUGGAUCUCAAAAACAGUAGCAGCCUGGAGGAGGUCAAGGAAGCAAGAGAAAAGCUUCCAGAGCAACAGGCUCUGAAAAAGAAGAGACCCAAGUCCUCUCAUCUGAGGGAGAAAGUAAAAGGACAGAAUUUAAGAAUAAAGGUAGAUCGGCACCCCUUUGGAAAAACUAGGGUCCACCCGGAGGAAUCCACAUCAGAACCCACCAAGAGACAUAAGAAAGCAAGGUUACCUCCCCAGAAACCAGCCAGAACUUCUGAGAGACAAUUCAAAGUAAAAUCUGUGUCUUUUGUCAAAUCUCAGCUGCCAGAGAGGAGCAGCCAUGCUAAGCUCACUUGUUCAAAGGUGCCACUGGAACACGCUCUAGAUCAGAUCCCUUAUCAGGAAAGAAAUGGCACCUUCAGAGCUGACAGCUUGUCUGUAGACCAUCGUGGUUCUGAGCAGGGCAACUGCUGCCCCAUGGGCCAUGCUCCUAAUGGGAGCUUAUUAAUGGCGCCUCAGCCCUCAGUCAGGGUCGCUGAACACCAGUGUUCACAUCCUCUUCUCUCGCCUGAGCAAAUGGGAAAUGUCUCUAGUCCACCAGGGGAAGUUCUCCACCCCUCCACAGCCAAUUUGGGAAAUGGAGAGAAUAGUGUUUUACGAACUCAACACACCAGGGAGGUUAUUGACCAUGCAGCGAUGGUGUCCACUCAACACACAGACCAGGACAAAUUAAAGAUCAAUGAGUUAAACCAGUUUACUUUGUCCCUUGGUGACCAGGUGAUUGACACCUUCAGCAAAGAUCACAGUUUGGCUGAGAAUCAAGCUUUACAACAGGAAGGGCAAAAACCAAGCCAUGAACAGCUUGGAAGUGAGGAAAAACCAUUAACGAAUACAUUCAAAGUAUCCCAGGGAAGAGUGGAAAAUUGUAUUACAAAUGGGAAAGAGACUGACGUAGAAAACAAGAUUUCUUGCAUAGAGGAUGGUGUAUCCUCUCCCACUGCCUGGAUACAACCCUACAAUACCCUGCCAUUCAUGGUGCCCCACUGUCUUCCACACCAGCAAAACUGCAGCAGAAGAGGAGCAGACAGCAACAGUGUAUCACCAGGCGGUAAUGGUGGAGAACCAGCAGGGAUUCAGGCGGUGGUGGGAACACAGAGACACACAUUCCAGGAGAGGAAUGCAAAUUCUAGUGCACAAAGCUGGACAACACAGAAGGGCCCCACAGAGGAAAGACAGCAGACACUUGAAGGUUCAGGGAAGGAGAAACUUCUGUUGCGCUAUCCCAGCUCUGACAAGGAGAUGAUUUCUACUACAGACUUGAGUAAAGUCGGAACUAACAUGAUACAGAGGGAGAGAGAUCAGCAAACUCACAAUGGAGGGCCUCAUUGCAGAUACCCUGGAGAUAACCAACCAGACAGAGACGACAGGGAACACAGGGAAGCUGCUGAGUCAGGGGGGACACCAGGAGCUCCUUACCUCCCACAGGAGGUAAAUGUCACUCAUUCUGAGACAGAAAAUGGGGUGCCUCUAAUUCCAAACAGUGAAAAUGGAGCUGAAAGCCCUGCUUGA